CGCACCACCGUGGAGCUCAACAGCUCCACCAAUGUUGUGCCACUGCACACCUUCAUCACGCCACAGCUCUGUCCUCCCUCCAACAAUCACACGUCCACUCGUGUGAAGCAACAACAACAUGACACACGUGUUGUGGACUGUGGACAUGCUUCGUCGAGCUUGUUCAACUCCACGUGCCUACUCAGUGCUGCGCCUCAGACGCCGAAGGAGGGUGGCCACUCUCAUGACCCACUCACGCACGACCACGCGCCACCAUGA